CUGUCAGUUGUCAAAUGUCAGGCGGACGCAUUUUAAGUUGAAUUUAUAGGUUAAAAAGUAUAAAUAUUAGUAAAAAUUGUUAUGUUUUUAUUAAUGUUGAUGAUUUAAAAUGUCUUCGGCGUUAGUGCGUCAGGCUCUUGCUUUAGUGGAUCCUGAAGAAAACAAAAGUAAAGGAAAAAAGCGUCGUGCAAACCCAACUCGGCAUCAGAGCGUAGGUCAAGUUAACAGUCACCCAUACCAUCAAAAUAGUAAAAAGCACAAGCAAGCAGUAAUCAAAUCAAAAGAAACAAUAGUGGAAGAAAACAUAAAGAAGCUCCUAGCACUGUCAACACCAACAGCUGACAGUGCCGUGGCUGAAAAGAUUGUGGAGCGAGCCAUCAAAGGCAAGCCUCUUGCUGAGAAAAUUGAUGUCAAAGUUGAUGAAGUGAAGUCCAUUCUUUUUGCAGAAGAGCCAUUUGAUGAAUUUGAAAAGAGUUAUUUCUGUAGUUAAAAUAUCAUUGAAACUGUUUCAAUAAAUCUUUGAAUUCUUUACAAAAUAAUCAUUAACACAAAAUCAAAUUUAUAGUGUAUUAGACCCUUCAUAGGAUUCACUUCCAUUUGGUUGAAAGAAAAUGCCUUUAUGGACAUUCUUGAUGCAGUUUUGGGGAAACUGAUUUUGGUAACGACAGUUACUGUGUUUCUGGUUUUCGUUUUUUGGAUCAAUUCUUAUCCUUUCAUAGACGAAGAUCUUGCUAUCUACAAAUACAUUCCUGAUCCACAGUGGGCAUUACUAGCGUGCGCCGUUUGGGGCUUCUUCUUCAUCGGGGGACUCAUGUCUUUUACUCUGUACCACAUAUAUCCACACCUCUAACUUAUUUACAUAGAGCUCAUAUCACAAUGGCCCAUGGGAAAAUGGACAACUGGAUUAUCAUAGGAGUAUCUGGUGUUACUUGUGGAGGAAAAACAACACUGGCAAAUAAAUUAAAAAACCUUCUCACACCGGUGUAUGUAUUCCAUCAAGAUAAAUACUUCUAUCCGGAUGAUAGUCCCCAUCAUAUCAAAUGUGACGGUUUGGACCACAACAACUAUGAUAUACUGUCGUCUCUGGACAUGCAAGCUAUGUUCAAUGACAUUAUGAAGACUGUGGACGGUGAAAAUAAAGCACAUUCGUUUAAUGAUGUACAGAGUGGGGGGAGGUUACAAGUGAACGGUAAAAAGUUUAUCGUGUUGGAAGGGUUUACGGUGAUGAAUUAUAAACCCAUUAUGGAAAUUUGUAACUUAAGAUACUACUUCGUGUUAGAAUACGGCGAGUGCCUGUCCCGUCGCUGCCACCGGCUGUACGAGCCGCCCGACGUGGACGGCUACUUCGACCAGUGCGUGUGGCCCGAACACAUCCGAUACAGAGCCGAGAUAGAGAAGGACAGUCGUGUCAAAAUCUUAGACGGAACGUGUCACGACGCUCUGGACAUUGUCGUCUCAGAUCUUAAAACUCUCGGGGCCGUUAAAGUUUAGCAAAUGACAGAGGUUCAUAGUAAUGAGAUUGUGUUGAACUUUUAACGAGCAAAAAUGUAUACAACACUUUAAUUGAUUAUAGUAUUGAUGAUUAAAUCGAGUUCAUAUAUAUACUUGUAUUAUUGGUAGAUCAUUAGUAUAAUGAAUGGAUGUGCUUGGAAAAAGAUAUUAUAUACAACUUCUUAUAGUUACUAAAAUUUCCAUGUCAAUGUUGCUUUUUGUGUUAUAAGAGACAAAAUGUAUCGCGGGUUGAAAUUUUUAUACGCAGUAUUUUCGUAUGUUCACUUUUUCUUGUCUAUGACGCUACACGUUUCUAGUAAAUAUAUAUAAAUACGUUUCUAA